AUGGGUCAACGUCAAGGGUAUGAGUACUUUGAUGGCUCUAAACUUAGCCGCGGUCGCGAUGAAGGUUUAGGGAGGUUUCUAGACCACUUUAUACUAGGUAUGAUGGUCAGCCUUGCGGCGUUCCCGAGGGUUGAGUGGCGGAGUAUCCCCCUCAGAAUUGUCGCGGCCGUUGCAGCAUCCAGUGGGCCCGUUAUUGAUUUGAUUGCACAAAAAAUGCAAAAUCAUUUCCUAGAAACUAGCACAGAGUUACUUCUUCUUGUGUCAUGCCUUAAUCGAGGGGACUCAUUCUCCAAAUUCAACAUCUACAAGCUACUCUGUCUAGCAGAGCUUUAUCCUGAAGACUUCUCAGUGAAUGAACACAUGAUGCUUGAGGAUCAGCUGACCACUUGUAUUUAUAAUGUGCAAUAUGAUGAAGAUUUUGCAGAAAUUGGGGACUUAAGAGGUUUUGCUAAGAAAAUGGUUGAGACAAGUAAAAGUGCUAUUUUCCCACUUAUUUAUUUCCUUAUUGAGUUGACAUUAGUUCUAACAGUUGUAACAGCUAGUGUUGAGAGAGAAUUUUCUGCAAUGAAUGUUGUGAAAACUGAUUUACGCAAUAAAAUGAUAGAUGAGUGGAUGAAUGAUAGCUUGGUUGUCUAUAUUGAGAAAGAGAUUUUUGCAACUAUCGACAAUUGA